AGCAUCCGUCAGUCAGUCAGUCGGGUCGACAGCAGACGAGACGGGACUAGACGACGCCCGAACCGAACCGCACCGGACUGAAGCGGAGCAGACAGCUAGCUUUCGACUGACGGAUGUGAAAUCAAGCGAGCGCUGCGUUUUCCUCUCUCCUUCCUUCCUUCCUUUUUUCCUUCCUCGUCAUUGUCGUCUGGACGCUUCCCGCCCUGCCCUGCCCUGCCCUGCCAUAAAAUGGCGGACGUGACAGAGCUGCGAGCCCCCUACGCCAUGUCUCCGGUGCUGGCGGGCUUUGUGGGCGCGGGCGUUCUGGUGGUCCUGGUUCUGGCCGUGCUGGCCCUGUGGUCCUUCUGCCAGCGCCGCUACCUGCGCGCGUCGGGGCGCUACAAGCUACGCGGCGACCGCUACUGCGAUGCCGAGGACCCGCCCUACAAGUUCAUCCACAUGCUGAAGGGGAUCAGCAUUUACCCUGAGUCGCUCAGCGGCAGCAAGCGCAUCGUGCGCGGCGCCGGCCGGCCCCAGCGCGACGGCGCCGGAGGCAUGGUGUUGGUGGACGCCGACAACAACGUCCUAGACUUCCCACUUCAGGGCGCCCGCCGCGGGACUGAGCGCACGCCAACCCCGCGUCGCCCGGAAGGCACGCAGAGCAGCGGCGAGUCGGCCUCGCCCUUGACGCCAGCCUCCUCGGUCACUUCCUGCUCAACGGAAGCGGAGGCUCCGCCCGACCUGGGCUCCAUCAGCCUGACGGUGGACUACAACUUCCCCAAGAAGGCCCUGGUGGUGACGGUAGUGGGGGCGCGGGGGCUGCCGGCCAUGGAUGAGCAGGCCGGCAGCUCCGACCCAUACGUGAAGAUGACCGUCCUGCCCGAGAAGAAGCACCGCGUCAAGACCCGCGUGCUGAGGAAGACACUGGACCCGCUCUUCGACGAGACUUUCACCUUCUACGGCGUUGCCUACAGCUCGCUGCCCGAGCUCACGCUGCACUUCCUGGUGCUGAGCUUCGACCGGUUCGCCCGCGACGACGUCAUCGGCGAGGCCCUGGUGCCGCUGGCCGGCGUGGACCCCGGCACGGGACGAGUCCACCUCAGCCGGCCCAUCGUCAAGCGCAACACGCAGUGCGAGAGUCGCGGCGAACUGCUGGCGUCGUUGUCCUACCAACCCGUGUCUCAUCGCCUUAGCGUGGUGGUCCUCAAGGCUCGGCACCUCCCCAAGAUGGACGUCGCCGGACUUUCUGCCAACCCGUACGUCAAGGUGAACGUGUUCUACGGGCGCAAACGCAUCGCCAAGAAGAAGACGCACGUGAAGAAGUGCACGUUGAACCCGGUCUUCAACGAGUCCUUCAUCUACGACAUCCCGCCCGAGCUGCUGCCCGACAUCUCGCUGGAGUUCCUGGUGGUGGACUUCGACCGCACCGCCAAGAACCAAGUCAUGGGCCGCCUGCUGCUGGGGCCGCACGGCGCCCCGCCCUCCGGCGCCGCCCACUGGCGGGAGGUCUGCCACAACCCCCGCCGCCAGAUCUCCAAAUGGCACGCCCUCGCCGAGUACUGAGAAAAAGCCCGUCCCCGUCCGUCCUCGCCCCCCUCCCCCCCCCUGCGGUCGAUUGCAUGUCUCUGUCCGGACGACGGCGACGUCCCCCGAUCGCUUUGGACGAUUCCCAUCGUGCUUUGCUGCCGCCCGCCCGCCGGUAAGUUUUGGACGCAAACCGGCCCUGACGCCAUUUUAUCCCGUGUCAUUCAGAUCUGGCUCCGGUAUGCUCUUCAGGACAAUUUCACACUCGUAACUAGCCGGCCGCCAUAGAUGGCGCCACACGUCCGAUGUUCAUUCGCCUCUUCCGGUCAAAAGGGAAUGGACGUCAAUGGUAGAUUAAUUCAUUUUUAAUUUUGCUAAUGUCCAUGUUAAUUUUAAGGGACUUUUUGGUCAAUUCCUGGACUUUUUGAAGCAUUCUUGAGUCACAUUUCAUUUUUGGGCAUUUCUGGGUCACUUCAUGUUCAUCGGUCACCCCUUUUGAGUCACUUUCUGUACAUUUUGGGGCAUUGUAGGUUUAAUUUCCUGUUGUUGUUCUUGUUUUUUGUUGUUGUUGUUGUUGUUGUUUUUUUGUCUGUGUCACAUCAUGUUGAUUUUAGGUCAUGUUCUCCAAAUGGCCUUGAAAGUCGAGCAUUCACCACCAGUCUUCCCAGUUGGAAAUGGACCUGAUUUUUUUAGAAAGUGAUUUCUAGAAAUGCACAGAAAAUUUUCGUGAGCGUGACAAAAAAAAAAUUCCAGGAGUUGACCUAAAACAUUCCUAAAAUAGAGCGUGUUUUGACUCAUCCAAGUAUACUCUCUAGGACAAAUUGACUAUUGUCCAUUACCGUCGGUGGCAGCUGAUGAGCUAUGAGCUAGAAACGCGCCAUGAGAUGUCGGGAAAAUGAUGGUUGACCCAGUUAAAGGUUGCAGAAUGGCACAAGUGUAGGAUAUACGUACUAACAGGAAAGUUAUCAGGUCCAGAUGGUUCCCCUGCUGAGUUUUCUUGUAUUUCGACAAAGGGCGUACCGGUAGCCGGACCUUUAGGUAGCUGGACGGGGAGUAAGCAACGCCGGCCGGGUUGCCGGGCUCACUUGUGUAAAUAAAUUCCCGCGCGUGCUCGUCGGUGGCAUGAACGACUUCCUGUACGCUUCCUUUCGUGGCUCCUGGACUCCUUCCGAGCCACGUGACGUGACGUGACUCCCUUCCCGGACGCUCCCUAUUCCUAUUUCCGUAUUGAUGAUGUCAUAACCGUGCGUGUGAUGUAAUGCCGUUGUCCGUCGGGUACCGUGUCGGUGAGCGGCGUCGGGAACGCGAUGCCUCCGGGUCCCCGUCCGGUCUACGUGGUCCACGGGCUUAUUAUGUAGUUGACUUUAGCCUUGGAAACAUUCAUCCAAUACUCCACAGGUUCUAAAAAGGUUAGUUCAAGGACCCGCAGUUACCUUUUGUCGGCCAUGUUGGUUGGGGCGACAUUCCCAUCAAAGUCAGUGCAUUAACAUUAAAAUCAAAUCGUAACUAGCUUAUGUCUCAACCGAUUGCCUACCUUUGAUGGCACUGCCGUCCAAUCCUUUUGAAGUGGGAGGGAUGGCAGUGAGUGAAUGAAUGAAUGUUCAUUCACUAAAAUCAAUUGACGGCAGAAAAGAUGAUUGGACGUUUAUCAGCGUCGCAGAUUUGCACAAGUGUAAGAUAGAGGGGGCAAACAUUGCCCCUACCGACAUGGCCGCCACGUCGCCACCACGACGUCUGGCAUCUUCAUGCCAUUGGGUUCCGUUGAAUGACAUUGAAGCGAAGCCUCCGAAAUUAUGGCACCAAAUGAAAGCGUGGCUGUGCGGCGGCCAUUUUGGUGGGGGCAACAUGUCCAUCAAAUGUGGACAUUCAAAUUGGUAUUUAUGGAGUAUACGUGAAUGGUUGCAAGUACAUCAAAGUGGCUGUAUAUUGAUUUAGGAGCCUUCAUCCAUAUUUUGCCAGUCGGUAGGUGGCGCUGUCCCCCCCUUCCCCCUUGAAAAGCACAGCGCGGCGUCCGUUCGGCGUGCCCGUCGACGCAGUCGCGUGACCCGACCGACCGGCGCGCCGGACCGAGCUUUGACCACGCCCUCCACCCCAGCCCUUCCCUUCUCGCGUGAGACGUCAAUGGAGAUUUGACGUGUCGAUUUUGUAUGGAUAUCCUCCUAAAUGUCCUGAAAGCUUUCCGCGCAUUGGAGCGCCCCCUGCUGUACUCCCGAAUGAUGCUAACCUUCUCAUUGACGUGCAAAUAAAACAAGUGAGCCUGAA